GGGCGGGGGCCGGCGGCGGCGGGAGCGGCGCCGCGCAGGAGCUGCCUCCAUCCAUGGCACGGAGAGGCAGCGGCGGCGGCGGCAGCAGGAGCCCGGCGCGAUCCGCUAGGUCCCGGCCCGGCAAGAAGGGAGCAGGCGUCGCGGAGCGGUCCGGCCUCAGCCGGCCCGGGAGCACGGCGCAGAGCCUCGGGCCGCGCCGCCGGGGGCCGCCUGCGCCGCGCUGACAGCCGCGCCCGCGUCCUCCCCGCCGGGGCGCUCGCCGGACAUGCCCCCGGGGCGCGGCGGCGGGGACCCCGGGGCUUGCCUCCGCCCAGGGCCCCCCGCCCCGCCCUCGGACGCCCCGGGCCCCCGCUGAGCACGCCUCCCGCAAGCCCGGGUCCCUGUGGCCGGCGCGCAGACGGGCCCCAGCGCUGUGGGUCCCCGCGGGGCGAUGGGCUGAUGGGCGCCACGGGACGCAGGAUGCGGGGGGCGCCAGCGCGCCUGCUGCUGCCACUGCUGCCGUGGCUACUGCUCCUGGCGCCCGAGACCCGGGGCGCGCCCGGCUGCCCAGUGCCCAUCCGCAGCUGCAAAUGCUCGGGGGAGCGGCCCAAGGGGCUAAGCGGCGGCGCCCCCAACCCGGCGCGCAGGAGGGUGGUGUGCGGCGGCGGGGACCUCCCGGAGCCUCCGGAGCCCGGCCUUCUGCCUAACGGCACCGUUACCCUGCUCUUGAGCAACAACAAGAUUACUGGGCUGCGGAAUGGAUCCUUCCUGGGACUGUCCCUGCUGGAGAAGCUGGACCUGAGGAACAAUGUCAUCAGCACGGUGCAUCCCGGGGCCUUCCUGGGCCUGGGAGAGCUGAAGCGCUUAGAUCUAUCCAACAACCGGAUUGGCUGUCUCACCUCUGAGACCUUCCAGGGCCUCCCCAGGCUUCUCCGACUAAACAUAUCUGGAAACAUCUUCUCCAGUCUGCAACCUGGGGUCUUUGAUGAGCUGCCAGCCCUUAAGGUUGUGGAUCUCGGCACUGAGUACCUGACCUGCGACUGCCGCCUGCGCUGGCUGCUGUCCUGGGCCCGGAAUCGCUCCCUGCAGCUGUCGGAGCACACGCUCUGUGCCUACCCCGGUGCCCUCCACGCCCAGGCCCUGGGCGGCCUCCAGGAGGCCCAGCUGCGCUGCGGUAAGCACGCCCUCACCCUGCACCCUUGGCGCAGAUGCGCUCCUGUAGGGCCCCACUGGCUCGAGGCUCCCCCUGCCUCUCGUUCUCCAGGGCAUCCUCUCCCUCAGAUCCCCCUGGGGGUCCUUCUCCAUCAGCUGUUCCUAAACUUUCUUUGGGGCUGCUGCUUUGUGUUUGCAUCCGGUCCCACCUCCUGGGGUGACCAAUGUGCUGCCACAGGAGCACUUUUCUUUGCUUGCCCCAAACCCGCCUGCCCCCUCCUUGUGCUCUUAUCUCCAGAGGCUUUCUCCUGCCCCUUUUUCCCCGGCCAGAGUGGGCUCCAGUGCAGCUCCACUCCUGGCUCUGCACACCACGCCCCUGCCCCCGGCAUCUCGCACGCUGCUGCACGCGGGCCUCACUGCCCUGGUGUCCCCCCCACAGAAGGGGCCCUGGAGCUGCACACGCACCACCUCAUCCCGUCCCUGCGCCAAGUGGUCUUCCAGGGUGACCGACUGCCCUUCCAGUGCUCUGCCAGCUACCUGGGCGAAGACACCCGCAUCCGCUGGUACCACAACCGGGCCCCCCUGGAGGGUGACGAGCAGGCGGGCAUCCUCCUGGCCGAGAGCCUCAUCCAUGACUGCACCUUCAUCACCAGCGAGCUGACCGUGUCUCACAUCGGCGUGUGGGCAUCAGGGGAGUGGGAGUGCUCGGUGUCCACGGCCCAGGGCAACGCCAGCAAGAAGGUGGAGAUCGUGGUGCUGGAGACCUCGGCCUCCUACUGCCCGGCUGAGCGAGUGGCCAACAACCGCGGGGACUUCAGGUGGCCUCGAACCCUGGCUGGCAUCACAGCCUACCAGUCCUGCCUACAGUACCCCUUCACUUCAGUGCCCCUGAGCGAGGGUGCCCCGGGCACCCGAGCCUCCCGCCGGUGUGACCGAGCUGGCCGCUGGGAGCCCGGGGACUACUCCCACUGUCUGUACACCAACGACAUCACCCGCGUGCUCUACACCUUUGUGCUGAUGCCCAUCAACGCCUCCAACGCGCUGACCCUGGCCCACCAGCUGCGGGUGUACACGGCUGAGGCGGCCAGCUUCUCAGACAUGAUGGAUGUUGUCUAUGUGGCUCAGAUGAUCCAAAAAUUUUUGGGUUAUGUCGACCAGAUCAAAGAGCUGGUGGAGGUGAUGGUGGACAUGGCCAGCAACCUGAUGCUGGUAGACGAGCACCUGCUGUGGCUGGCCCAGCGUGAAGACAAGGCCUGCAGCGGCAUCGUGGGUGCCCUGGAGCGCAUCGGGGGGGCUGCCCUCAGCCCCCAUGCCCAGCACAUCUCUGUGAACUCAAGAAACGUGGCAUUGGAGGCCUACCUCAUCAAGCCACACAGCUACGUGGGGCUGACCUGCACAGCCUUCCAGAGAAGGGAGGCGGGAGUGCUGGGCAUACGGCCCGGAAGCCCCGGCCAGAACCCCUCCCCGGAGCCAGAGCCCCUGGCCGAUCAGCAGCUCCGCUUCCGCUGUACCACGGGGAGGCCCAGCAUUUCUCUGUCGUCCUUCCACAUCAAGAACAGCGUGGCCCUGGCCUCCAUCCAGCUGCCGCCCAGUCUGUUCUCGUCCCUUCCGGCUGCCCUGGCUCCCCCUGUCCCCCCAGACUGCACCCUGCAACUGCUUGUCUUCCGAAACGGCCGCCUCUUCCGCAGCCACGGCAACACCUCACGUCCCGGAGCCCCCGGGCCUGGCAAGAGGCGUGGCGUGGCCACCCCAGUCAUCUUUGCAGGAACCAGUGGCUGUGGUGUGGGGAACCUGACCGAGCCAGUGGCCGUCUCGCUACGGCAUUGGGCUGAAGGGGCCGAACCCAUGGCAGCUCGAUGGAGCCAGGACGGGCCGGGCGGCCCCGGGGCUUGGAGCCCCGAGGGCUGCCAGCUCCGCUCCAGCCAGCCCAACGUCAGCUCCCUGCACUGCCAGCACUUGGGCAAUGUGGCCGUGCUCAUGGAGCUGAGCGCCUUCCCCAGGGAGGUAGGGGGCUCAGGGGCAGGGCUGCACCCUGUCGUGUAUCCCUGCACCGCCCUGCUGCUGCUCUGCCUCUUCUCCACCAUCAUCACCUACAUCCUCAACCACAGCUCCAUCCACGUGUCCCGGAAGGGCUGGCACAUGCUGCUGAACUUGUGCUUCCACAUGGCCAUGACCUCCGCCGUCUUUGCAGGAGGCAUCACACUCACCAACUACCCGACGGUCUGCCAGGCAGUGGGUGUCACUCUGCACUACUCUUCACUGUCCACACUGCUCUGGAUGGGUGUGAAGGCCCGCGUCCUCCACAAGGAGCUCACCUGGAGAGCGCCCCCUCCACAAGAAGGGGACUCUGCCCCGCCCGCUCCCCGUCCCAUGCUCCGGUUCUAUCUGAUCGCUGGAGGGAUCCCACUCAUUAUCUGUGGCAUCACAGCUGCUGUCAACAUCCACAACUACCGGGACCACAGCCCCUACUGCUGGCUGGUGUGGCGUCCAAGCCUAGGAGCCUUCUACAUCCCGGUGGCUUUGAUUCUGCUGAUCACCUGGAUCUAUUUCCUGUGUGCAGGGCUGCGCUUAAGGGGUCCUCUGGCACAGAGCCCAAAGGGGGGCACCAGCAGGGUCUCCCUGGAGCCAGGGGAGGAGCUCAGGGCUUCCACCAGGCUCAGGAGCAGCGGCCCCUUCCUGAAUGACUCAGGUUCCCUUCUGGCUACUGGGAGCGCGGGGGUGGUGACACCCGGGCCCCCGGAGGAUGGUGACGGCCUCUAUUCUCCGGGAGUCCAACUGGGGGCGCUGGUGACCACGCAUUUCCUGUACCUGGCCAUGUGGGCCUGUGGGGCUCUGGCCGUGUCCCAGCGCUGGCUGCCCCGGGUGGUGUGCAGCUGCCUGUACGGGGUGGCAGCCUCCGCCCUGGGACUCUUCGUCUUCACCCACCACUGUGCCAGGCGCAGGGACGUCAGGGCCUCCUGGCGUGCCUGCUGCCCCCACGCCUCCGCCCCCGGCGCCUCACCCCGGGCCGUGCCCGCCGCCUCAGAGGACGGUUCCCCCGUGUUCGGAGAGGGGCCUCCCUCCCUCAAGUCCUCCCCGAGCGGCAGCAGCGGCCACGCGCCGCCCCUGGGCCCCUGCAAGCUCACCAACCUGCAGCUGGCCCAGAGUCAGGUGUGCGAGGCCGGGGUGGUGGCCCGCGGGGAAGGGGAGCCAGAGCCCACGGGCUCCCGGGGGAGCCUCGCGCCCCGCCACGCCAACAACUUGCACCACGGGCGCCGAGUGCACAAGAGUCGGGUCAAGGGGCACCGCGCGGGGGAGGCCGGCGCCAAGAACCGGCUCAAGGCGCUGCGCGGGGGCGCGGCGGCCGGGGCGCCGGAGCUGCUGUCCAGCGAGAGCGGCAGCCUGCACAACAGCCCGUCCGACAGCUACCCGGGCAGCAGCCGCAACAGCCCGGGUCUCCAGCUCGAGGGUGAGCCCAUGCUCACGCCGUCGGAGGGCAGCGACACGAGUGCGGCGCCGCCCCCCGAGGCGGGCCGGCCAGGCCAGCGCCGCAGCGCCAGUCGCGACAACCUCAAGGGCGGCGGGGGCGGCGCGCUGGAGAGGGAGAGCAAGCGCCGCUCGUACCCGCUCAACGCGGCCAGUCUGAACGGCGCGCCCAAGGGGGCCAAGUACGACGACAUCACCAUGACGGGCACGGAGGCGGCCGGAGGCGCCUGCAUGAAGACGGGGCUAUGGAAGAGCGAAACCACCGUCUAGGGCGAGGGUGGGCGACGCUGUAGGACAGGCUGGCCAUGUGGCCCUGUCACCCAGGCUGCUGGGGGGGAGGGGGGGCGGGGCCUCAAAGACGUCAACCGGUACAUCAAUGGGUUUGAGGUAGAGGCGCCCAUGGCUGCGGCUCGGCACACCAGCUUUAGUCCUGCAGGCUGGGGAAAACACAGGGGGAGGCCUGCCACCGCCAAGAGGGCAGUCCCUCUGGGGUAGCGACAAUCCCAGGACCACAGGCAUGAUACAUUUCCGUCCCAGCCCAGGCUGGUUUUGGCAGUCAAAUCGGUGCCGUCCAGGGUAGCAGGGGAGGUCCUGCCAGCCCGUGGAGUGGGAGACUGCCCCCCCAGAGCCCCCAGGUGGGCUCCUCCUUAGGUACUCCCCACAGCUUAUCCACCGUGCCUCACCGAUGGUCAUCGGCCUGAUCAGGAAGACACAGAUGACAGGAGCUUGGGAACAGCGUUCUCUCCUCACUGCCCUCGUCAGAAGUCAGCCCGCUGUGCCUAGAUCCUAGGGCCUCUCCCCAACCUUGCUCUUGGCCAACCAGGGGGCCAGCCUAGCAGUUGAGCCAGGUGACCAGGACCUAUAGGUGCUGCUUUGAAGAUAAACUAUGCAAGAGAAGGUAGAACCGUGUGAAAACAGCUCUGGAGAUGGAGUUCUAGGGAAGGGGGUGGGAGCAGGUGGGAAGGUUGCACCAUCAGGGACGGUGGGACACUUCCCACAGGAGUGGUCCACACACCACAUGGCAGGGCUGUAGAGGGGGCGUCCCAGGACAAAGCCAAGGCCCUACACCUGAGAAGCUGACUCUGCCAGAUGCCUGGGAAGGAUCUGAGGGAAGUAGAGAGUCGUAGUGCUUAGAUUUGGAGCUGAAGGCAGUCACACCCUAAACCUGGCCCUAUAAACAGUGCUCCGAAGAGAGGCUCUACCACAAGGCUGCAGGUAGUGUUGGGGAAGCACUUAUUGUUCAGUUGCAAGCCCCACACCCCUAGUCUCAGCUUUCUAACACCAUGGGGCUGAGGAAGACACUUCCCUGCCUCCAUGAGGCCGUAUGGAAGGACCAGUCCAAGAACUGACCUCUAAGUCAGGUUAGGGAGAAACCUCCCAAACAUCGAACUGGCUUCCUGCCACACAGACUCCCAAGCUGAAUCCCUCAAGGUUAUCAGGUAGGGUCCCUGCAGCUCACCUGGGCCCUGUGCCUUCACUACUUUUAAACACCAGCACCCAUAUUUUCCCCCAACCUAAAAAGUCACCACCAGCCUUUUACUAAGGACCCAAUGAAGGUGGAGGGAAACCUGGGCCUGGUGAAGAACAGGAAAACAAGACCUGGUCUAGGUCCCCUCCCAGCGUCCAUGUCACUGCAGCCUGAUCACGAAGGCAAAAGACAUAAGGGAGGGGAGAAAACCCACACACCUUGGGAUGAAUCCUGUUAUUUAUGCUUGCUGCACAGACAAUAUUAGACAAAAAGAAAAAAAAAAAAAGCUUCGUAUUAUUCUUCCACAUAUGCUGGCUGCUGUUUACAUACCCUGCCAAUGCCUUAGCACUGGAGAGCUUUUGCAAUACGCUGGGGAAAAAAGGGAGGGAGGGGAUGAAAAGUGCCAAAGAAAACAUGUUUUUAAAAGCUUGAGUUUUAUACAAUAGAAUGUUUUCUAGCAGAUGCCUCUUGUUUUAAUAUAUUAAAAUUUUGCAAAGCCCUUGAGCUAUAA